AGUACCCAUUCGGAAGCACGGAUUUCUUACCCGUGACGCGUCCUCUUGUUUCUGUUGUAAGGGCUAUGCUAGGCUAAGCUAUCUGACCGACCUGACAACGUGAAGGUUAACACACCUUUCCGUACUAAUUGAAUGACGUAAAACUGAUGACUGAGAGUCGAGCGGGCUGGACUGGGACAAAAAAAUCGGUCCGGCAUUUUGAGCCGAGACCGGCCCACCAGCCAAUCGGAUCUCAUCUGGACCAAUAGAGGAACGGGUCACAGUGCACCGGAAUUUAGGACCUCAAGACAGAAACCUGCGAAGGUUUGUUAGGUGCAUCUCAUGCGAGAAUGUGCCUUUAGCAUCCAGCGUCUUUCUUUGGCGGAUGUCGCGACACAGCAAGCUUCAGAAGCAGGUCCUGGCUCUGUACCGCCAGUUCUUGCGGGCCGGACGGGACAAGCCGGGUUUCCUGCCCCGCGUGCGAGACGAGUUCCGAGCGAACGCCGCCAUCAAGAAGACGGACGUGAUGCACAUCGAGUACCUGUACCGGCGAGGUCAGCGGCAGCUGGAGCAGCUCAAAGACGUCAACACCAAACAGCUGGGAACUUUUGCCAAAAAUAAGGAGCGCGGCUGAGCGCUCGCCGCCGCCGACGUCAUGUGACACGCAAGGACAAAUAUAUAAAUGUGGAAGCUUUGCCUUAAAAUGGUGAAAAACUCAUUUGAGUUGUGUGUUAAUAUUUUUUUUCUCAAAUGUAUCAACAUGUCAACGCUGCAUCUUCAUGUCCCAUGCCUAGGAAUGCAACACGUGUACAACACGGAAGUAAACAUACAUACAUGUCUGUGUCUUGAAGGAAAAUAUGUCAAUUGUUUUUACAUAUGUUCAAGUGAAUAAAUGGCAAUGUAUACG